AUGGAGCUGCUGAAAGUGAAGAGGUACGCGGAGCUCAUUGACCAGUUCGCCAAGCAGGAAGAUGAUGAGGUGGUCAUGCAGGUGGACAAAACAUCACAUGAAGAAAAAGGAAUUAACGAAAAAGGGAAAAAAGAUGUAGUAGAAAUUAUCGAAUAUUUUUCAAACAUGCUGGUCAAAUAUUUUUACAACGAGUAUGAACAAAAUGAUAUUUCAAUUGUAGACGCCGGGUUCGACUCUGACCAGCUGUGGUUGUUUAUUGAAUGUCUUAUUAAGGAUAAGAAGCUCGAGGGUCUACUUUCCUUUUUUGAAGAAUACGAAAAAGGGUUGGACAAGGGCCAAGCGGAGGACGAGCAGGAGGAAUGUUCCAGUGAGGAAGAAGAUGCCACAAUUGGAGGGACGCCUCGGAAGAAACGUACAAUCGGUCGGGUGAAAAUGAAAGACCCCUCAUCUAAGAGGAGGAGAAAGGUGCAUUUUGCUGAGGACGCAUCUCAGUUGAGUAGCGAUAUCACCGUUAGUGUGGAGGCAGACGAGGCUGCUGACAGUGGAGAUGCUGCCUCCCGAGGUGACGAAUUUUUCAAUGAAGAUGAAAUGCACCAGUUCCUCGAUGAGGAGGAAAAGAAAAUGUUACGCGGCCAAUCGGGGGAGGACUCCGAGGGGGGCAGCUCCGAUGAGGGUGCCAGCGGUGGGGACGUGGACCUUAACGAGUUCCAGUGCGACUACCAAGACGGACGCAAAUUAAAGUAUGGUGAUUUUUACCAGGACGAACACAGCGACGGCGACGAAGAAAAGGAGGAGGAGGAUGACGAAGAGGAUGAUGAAGAAGAAGAAGAGGAUGAUGAAGAAGAAGAAGACGAUGAAGACGAUGAUGAAGACGAUGAUGAAGACGCUGACGAUGACGAUGAUGAAGAGGAGGAAGAGGAAAGUGAAAUGAAGCAGGAGAGACCCCGCGAUAGGCGUGGCCGAAAAGAGAAGGACGAAGAAAUCGAGCGCGAGCUGCGCACAAUAAACGAGUUCGACAUUCAGCACCGCGCUGGGAGCGACGCGGGCGGAAGUGACGACGACGCGGGUGGCAGCGACGAGGACAGGCCGCAAGUAGACAAGGACAAGGAACACAUAGAACAGGAGCUGAUUCAAAAGAAGCAUUGGUCUCUUACCGGAGAGGUGUUUGCACACGAUCGCCCCAAGAACAGUCUGCUGAAGCUCAAUGUCGACAUACCCAAAUUAAACUCCGGUGCAAACGACGCAUAUGUAAGUAAAGCCGUGGGGGGUGAAGAGGAAGACGAAGAGGAAGGUGGUGACAACGAGCAACGUGGUGAGAACGCAGCAGGUGGAGGAAAACAGCUCCUUAUGAACAAAAGCAAGAGGAGGAAUUUGCUCAAGGACGCAAUUGAAAUGGUGGUAAAGCAACGGAUUCAAAAUAUGUUGUUCGAUGAUGUGGAAAAAAAACGAAUAGAAGACCUGGACCUGUUGCUGAACGAGGGUAAGGAGACAGAUGGCAAAGAGGAUGAAGUAAAUUUCAAUCACCUCAACUUCAACAAAAGUAAACUGAGUCUAGCAGAUGAAUAUACAAAAAAGUACGAGGAAGAAAUAAAAAAAAAUUCAGCUCAAAAUAAAGAAAUAAAUUUACAAAAAUCAGAAUUAAUGAAUUUGUAUAAAAAGAUCAUGCACUGUUGUGAUUCGCUCUGCAACGAUUACUACCUACCCAAGCCAGCACAACUGAAUCCAUUAAACAAGAGUGAUCAGGUGUCCACCCUUCAUAUUGAGGAGACCGUCCCCAUCAUCCUAUCUGCGAAGGACAGAAGUGCACCUGAACAGCUGUUCCAACCAGGACACAUAAAACAGCUAGAGGAAAUGCACCAGAGGGAAAAGAAAUCGUUGAGGAAAUCUAAUAAGGUUAAGAGGAAGAAGAAGUUACUUCAUUUGUUUGAACAAAGUGGCAAGGGAAUCAGUGAACUGAAAAAAAGAAAUGAAUAUCUCAUUGGAAAAAAUAAAAAAGUGAAGGAGCAGAAGGAAAGCGCCGCCAAGUACGGCGUAGGCUCCAAGGACCAGUUGCGAGGCAAAGGCCGCAAUCGCUACGACUUCGCUGGGGCCAUCUCCCAGGCCCAGGCCCGCGACCAGAAGCGGGUAAGCGGCAAAAGGGGAUGA